AUGAGCGGGUCGUUUUAUAGAGGCACGAGCAUCGAUCAAGACCCACACUUUGUGGACUCUCGGUCGAAAUUAAAAAAAGCGAUGGUGGUACCAGAUAGCUUCUAUCAAAAGGUCGAUUUCAAAAAAGUGAAUUUGGAAGUGAUGCGUGCUUGGGUGACUUCAAAGGUUGUUGAGAUCUUGGGGGUAGAUGACGAUAUAUUAGUGGGUACUGUUAUUGGGUUUUUAGAGACGAAUGGAAAUGACACAGACCCACGAGACUUACAAAUCGACUUAGAACCUUUUCUUGCAGAAAAGACAAAUGCAGAGAGGCUGAGAACAAAAAGCAACAAUAUAGCAGAAGCCCAAGUCGUAGUAGAAGCUCUUCUCGCAAUAGAUCGAGGUCUAGAAGUCGUUCAAGAAGUCGUUCGAGAGGGCAUUCUCGCAAUCGUAACAGUCGUAGUAGGAGUCGAAGUCAUAGCCGAGGGCGACAUGCGAGAGAUAAAGGAAGGUAUCAAAAAGAGUGGAAGAGACAAGACUAAUUGA